UGAAAGAGGAGCGCGCACUUUAACUAAAAACAGAAGUGAUCCGUGAAAGAGGAGCAGAAACUGAUCCAACAAGUGCUCAGCUGACAGGAAACACACGGUGAACACAGCACAACAAGUGAUGGAGCACUCCAAACAGACACAGUACGGCUCUAACGACAAGAAAGACACCGGGGACAGCGGCUCCGUGAUGAACGGACACUUUGACGGGAUGGUGAAGCGGCCGGCCGGCGGCACCGUGCGCGCCGCCGCUCCUCAGCCUCCGCCGGGCGCCGAGUCCUGCUCGCACCGGCCCGUGAUGGAGAGCUGGAGGGAGGAGCGCACCAGGAGCGUGGAGGACAACGAGAUGAGCCUGCCGUCCCUGGCCGCGGCUUACACCACCAUCCUGCGGGGGCUCGGGGAGGACCCCCAGCGGCAGGGGCUCCUCAAAACCCCCUGGAGGGCCGCCACCGCCAUGCAGUUCUUCACCAAGGGCUACCAGGAGAAAAUUAUCGACGUGCUCAACGACGCCAUCUUCGAUGAAGACCACGACGAGAUGGUGAUUGUCAAAGACAUCGACAUGUUCUCCAUGUGUGAACAUCAUUUGGUGCCCAUCUUUGGCAGGGUUCACAUCGGUUACCUCCCCAACAAGAGAGUUCUGGGCCUCAGCAAGCUGGCCAGGAUCGUUGAAAUCUACAGUCGUCGACUACAAGUUCAGGAGAGGUUGACCAAACAAAUUGCUGUGGCAAUCACCGAGGCGCUGCAGCCCACCGGGGUCGGCGUGGUCAUUGAGGCAACUCACAUGUGUAUGGUGAUGCGAGGCGUUCAGAAGAUGAACAGUAAAACCGUCACCAGCACCAUGUUGGGAGUUUUCAGGGAAGACCCAAAAACCCGCGACGAGUUUCUGACACUGAUUAGGAGCUGAGGAGGAUGAAGCUCUUCCUCUUCCUCCACCUCCUCCUCCUCCUCCUGUUGCCUGGGGUUACCUCCACCUGCACGGACCAGCCACCGUGCCAUCUGUGUGUGUGUGUGUGUGUGUGUGUGUGUGUGUGUGUGAGAGAGAGAGAGAAGAGUGUGUGUGUGUUUCCAUCUCACCAAAGGCAGUGACAGAGUGCUUACUGUGUUUUCAGUCAACCUCUUUUUAUUAGUCAGGUGAGGUCGAGUGUUGCCGUGGUGAUUUCUGUGUCAGAGGCCGCGGACUGACAUGUUGUUUGCUUUUGUGCGACUGAACAGACUUUACCCCUGUUUGUUCGCGUGAGUUGUACGUGUGUGCAUCAAUCAAAUAUUAGUCGUUGGCCCUGAAAGGAGAGUUUAACAGAAAGAUAAAAUUAAUUCACAAAAACCCAAUUAUUAGUCUUUUGCAUUUUGAGAUCACAUUAUUUUAGUUGAAAGGCCCUUUAUACACAGUUUGACACAAAUAAAUAACACACAAAAAAAUGAAUAAUUUGCAGGAAAAAUGAAAACCAGCAUCAGGUUUACAGUAAUAAUUUGUUUUUAAGCGGAGUGAUGUAAAAUAUCUGCACAGAACAGUCUGAUUUUUUGAACAAUACUGUAAAUGUGGGACUUAAAAACAGAGAUUCUUAUAAAUAACUUGAGAUAUAUUCAGGAAACAUGACGAGGCUAAAGGCGGAAACUAUGAAUUAAAAAACUGAACAUUGAAUUUAAAAAAUAAUGCAAGUGUUUCAUCUGAGACUAUUUCACAAAGCAUUUUCAGCUCCCAAGUCAGAGAAAAGUGUUUAUUCACCCUUUUUAAACAGAGAUCUCGCAAUACUGCCGAGAAGAAGAUUCACCAUGACACCGUUAUAAUGCUGCCCCGGUUUUUGACUUUAGAUAGCGUGCUGACUCUGCAGAAAAAUGCAGUUUGUAACACAUUAAAUAAUCAGUUGCUUUAUGUAGAAUCAUCAGAUUACUGGAUAAAGAUUUGUUUCUUCGACUAGAAAUAAAAUUCUUAGCAUCAACAUGCAGAUGGUGUUUGAUACCAGAAACAAAAUAAAUAGGAUGACUGAGAGAAGACACACUGAGAUUUAAUAACUGCUGAUUAUAAGGAACAUCUAAAGCUGAAACUAUUAGUUGAUUGAUAGAAAAUUACUUGCAGCCAUUUAAUAAUUAAGUCAUUGUUUAGGUCAUUUGUCAAGGAAACAUGUCAAACAUUUACAGCUCCUGAAUUUUAACUUUUUUAUGUUAUUUAAAUAAAAUAUCUUUAGGUUUCAGCCUGUUUGAAGAUACUUUGGGGCCUUUUUCACUUUUUUUUAGACUAAACAACUUUUUUAAUAAUUGAUUUAAAAACACUGAAAAAUAAACUGACUAUGAAAAUAAUUGUUGGCUGCAGCCCUAGAUAGAAGUUCUCCCCUAUAGCAGAUCCAUUUCUUUUAAAUCUUUUCACACGUGUGUAACACUCUGUCACACCUCAGAAACCUCAGAUUACAAACAUCUUUUCCUUUUAUUCAGGACUUUUUGUUCAGCUGAGAUUCUGUCAAUUUAAAACUAGAAUUAAAGAAUUAAAUGUUUUUAUUACAAAUAUUUAGAGGUUCAGUGUGUAAGAUUUAGGGGAAUUUAGUGGCACCUAGCGCCACGAGGAGGACUGCAGAUUGUAACAAGCUGAAACUUCUCCCGGUUAGGAAUCCUUCAGCGUUUAUUGUUCAGUCAGUUCAGUGUUUUACUGGGAGCUGAAUUAUCCAUAGAGGUCUUGUCCUCUCCAAAACAAACAGACCCAGUGAUUCAAACCAGUGAAGAACAAAGAGUAAAGCAAUUUGACGUUACAAAUCAGUGUCACUAUAACGCUGUUUGGCAUCCUGGAGACGGGCGGCUCACCCACCACCUGCUAAUAUGAGCUCACCUUUUUUCAGAUGCAGAAAUCGGUUUCACAAACAUCCUUGAGUCUUUUCCUUAACGUUUCCUUAAAAUGUUUACUUAACAAUUUAAGGUUUUCUCCUCAUCUUGGUUCUUGUCCUUAAGGAAUUGCUUCAAGUUUGUUAAACUGUUGGACCUUAGCAGCCAAAGUAGGACGGACAACGGGAAAGGCCUGUCUAGAGCCUGUGCUAUGUUUGUCCGUUCUGGGCUACCAUAGAAACAUAGCAGUGCAACAUGGCAAUCUCCAUAUGCAAGAACCCAUUCCCUAUUAGAUAUGAAUUGCUCAUUCUAAGGUAACGAAAACACAAUGAUUCUUAUUAUCAGGUGAUUAAAUACUAAAGAAAUCAUGCUUAUAUUAUAGAAUAGAAUAGAAUAGAAUAAGUCUUUAUUGUCCACCAGGGUGGAAAAUUGUCUUCGGCUCACCAAAAUACAGGACGUAGCAUAACAUAACACAUAACAGAGCUAAAAUAUGAACAAAGCCAAAACACAAGGUAAAAAUUCAUAUAGAUAAUAGAAUUAUAUUCAAUUUCUGCCAAUAUGUCCGCCUAAAUCCUAAACACUGAACCUUUAAAUAUAAAACAUCGUGGAACAUUUGCCGCAAAAUCAUCAGGGUAAAAUAAGCAAAACGCAUCUGAGAAUAAACAGUAUUUAGCAUCUUAUUAUUAUUAAUAUUGUUAUAAGAUCCUGAGCGAGGGUCUGCCUGUACGUGCCAACUCGCCUCUCAAUUAAAACCAAAAGAUGACUUCACAGUGACGUGACGAGGCAGCCGGAGAGAUGCUGAGCUGCAGACUCACCGUCUGAAAACAAACUGAUUCUUUUUAUUUCCAUGAGAGGCAAAUUAAAUGUGUGUAUGUGUGUGUGUGUGUAUGUUAAUGUGUGUGUGUUCCUCACAGUUUUCAUCCCAGCAGAUGAACAGUGUGGAGAUAAGUGUGUGUGUGUUGUUUAGUGACUUUGUGUUACUCGUGUAGCAUUUUUUUUUUUUUUUGCAUAAUGUCCCCAGACAGAUUUUGGGAGGUUUUAACUUGUGAAAUGUGCUGAUGGGAGUUAUGUGUGUGUGUGUGUGUGUGUGUGUGUUGGAGGGAAGAUGAACACUGACAAACGGCUCUGAUGAUGUUGUUUUUGUGGCCUUGUUGAGAAGGACGGCCUGUUGUUUGGCCUCUUCACCAUCAUUGUCACUUUAUGUACUGUUUUCAUUUCAGAUACUUUUUAAUCAAAGAAAAUAAAACUCUAUGUGACAACGAUGA